AUGCCCACCACCACCUCCGACGAUGCACCACCCGACCCCUCCCUCGUCACAACCGACCUCGCACAAACCCUCCUCCUAGGCAACACGCCCAAACUAUCCAUCCUCCCCAACGCCACACCCAAAUCCGCCUCCUUCGCCAUCGCGCACGAAGAUCACACGCUAGGAAACGCUUUACGCUACUUCAUCUGCAAGAACCCGGAUGUCGAGUUCUGCGGAUACACGAUCCCGCAUCCGAGUGAGAGUAUGUUGAGUGUGCGGGUGCAGGUUUGGGACGACGUCGAGACCACGGCACUAGCCGUUCUGCAGAAGGGUCUGCACGAUAUGAUUGCGGCAUGCGAUGUUAUUACGGAGAAGUUCGAGGCGGCGCGGGAUCGGUUUAAUGAUGAUGGGGCGAUGGAGAGUUGA